CAACUUUGCUCAUACAUCCAUUGCUGCAAGGGAAGAAAUACGUGUGAAGCCACAGAUAUCAGAACUUCAGUGAAAUAGCAGGUGACAGAACUUUGUUCUUGUCAGGCCCCCAUCAAACAUUAAACACCUUCCCCUUCCUUCACUCACUGAUCUCCUCAAGUGCUGCACGUGGCUGAGAUUAAAGCCAUUUCCCCGGAUUAAUGUGCUCCGCACACAGCGUUGCACAAAGGACUUACCCAAAGAACAAUUAAAGCGCCUGGUCAUUAUCCCCCACAUUCAAAAUUUUUCAGAACAAUUGAAAGCAAGUAAGAGCAAAGAGAACCACUCAAUUACAUUUCUGAGUGAGCAGAGGAACUCCAGCUGAACACUAUCAGCAGAGGGAAUGUUCAACUACCUCCGGAAACGCUUUACCAGCCACAUCAGAGAACGUAGCCGGCGAAGAGCAAGGCUUGUCUCUAAAGAUGGAAGGUGUAACAUAGAGUUUGGCAAUGUAGAACAGUCAAGGUUUGUCUUUUUGAUUGAUAUAUGGACAACUAUUCUGGAUCUCAGAUGGAGAUACAAAAUGACUAUCUUCAUUUCAGCAUUCUUAGGCAGCUGGUUUCUCUUUGGUCUCCUCUGGUAUGUUGUGGCAUACAUACACAAAGAUCUUCCAGAAUUCAAUCCUUCCAUAAAUCACACCCCCUGUGUUGAGAAUAUCAACGGCCUGACUUCAGCUUUCCUGUUCUCCUUGGAGACCCAGGUAACCAUCGGUUAUGGCUUCAGAUGUGUCACAGAACAAUGUGCCACUGCCAUUUUCCUGCUCAUCUUCCAGUCUAUCUUGGGGGUAAUCAUUAAUUCUUUUAUGUGUGGUGCCAUCUUGGCCAAGAUAUCAAGGUCCAAAAACCGGGCUAAGACCAUCACCUUCAGCAAGAAUGCUGUCAUCAGCAAACGUGGUGGGAAGCUCUGCCUCCUCAUUCGGGUGGCAAACCUGAGGAAGAGUCUGCUGAUUGGGAGUCAUAUCUAUGGAAAACUUCUGAAGACCACCAUCACCCCAGAAGGAGAGACAAUCAUUUUGGACCAGGUCAACAUAGAAUUUGUAGUUGAUGCUGGCAAUGAGAAUCUCUUCUUCAUUUCCCCAUUAACUAUUUAUCAUAUCAUAGAUAAGAACAGCCCAUUCUUCCACAUGGCAGCAGAAACCAUUCUGCAGCAAGAUUUUGAAUUGGUGGUGUUUUUAGAUGGCACUGUUGAAGCCACUAGCGCUACUUGUCAAGUGAGGACAUCCUACAUCCCAGAAGAGGUGCUCUGGGGUUAUCGCUUUGCUCCCAUUGUGUCCAAGACCAAAGAAGGGAAAUACAGAGUAGACUUCCAGAAUUUCAGCAAGACAGUGGCUGUGGAGACUCCCCACUGUGCCUUCUGCCUCUGCAAUGAGAAAGAAGCUAAAGCCAAAGAGAAGAAAGGUUAUGACAAUCCUGGUUUUGUCUUGUCAGAAGUUAGUGAAACCAGUGACACAAAAAUGUAGUUCCAGAUAUUCAUGGGACUGUAUCUUUUUUCAUAAUUAAUUCAAUCUUGAGAGGAUUAAUAACUUAGUAAAACAAAAAAAGAAACACAGGUUUGUUUUAACUCUGAAACAGCAUUUAUCUUCUCAAAAGCCUCAAAUCAGAGAGGAACAGAAUACCAGUGAUCUCCAGAACACUAUUUAACUACACUCUAUAUAUAUUUCAUAGAAGUUAUAUUUUUAUACCUAUGGGACAUUUUAUGAAGCUGCUAUGUUGGAAUGUCCAACUCACUUAAGUUCCCAGAGGCAUGCAAGUCUGUUAAAAAGCCUGAAAAGAUGGAGAAAAACUUUAGGACAUGUUGAAGAUACAAAGCUGUUUGAAUGAGAACGUGAAAAGGGGAGACAGAAGGCAAAGCUAAAGAAACCUUAGGAGCCAAAACCUCAAAAAAAUUGUAUGUUUCUGGUUGCCAAAGUCCUCUAUGAAAGCAGACGCUCUGGCUCUGGAACACUUGAACACUUCUGAACAUUUUGCAACAAUUCUUUCUUUGAGGCUGGUACUUCUACAGAAAUGGAGCAUUAAGGGAUGGUACGUGCUUAGGAAGCUAGAAAAGACAAAUCUUGGGCCAUCCUGCUGCACCUAGAACUCUAAAAUAUGACUCCUCUGCUGUGAAAGCCUUUGAUUCCUUUCAGGGAAAAAUAGCCAAAUGGGAAUGAGAAGUGAAAAACCAAGGAGAAGCAGAGACCCACUACAGGAGAAGAGGAAUUUUGCAGCUUAUUCCUAACUGUCUCACCCUGCAGAUACUCUUCCACUUCCCCAGGAGCUGGCUAACUGUGAAAUUAGGAAACAUCUGAAGACAACUGUCCAGAAAGGUGAGCCGCAGUGGGGAGAUGAAGAACACAUUGAUUGCUUCACACCUGGCAGAAAAGCAAUCCACUGGGAGAAGAGAGGAAAUUCCCAGCUCUAGAUGUAUCCUUCAAAAAAAUCCAAUGCAAACACAGAUUAUCUUUUCCUUUGAAGCAUGAAGGUCUUUUUAAAACAAAAACACAGCAUAGGAGCCUCCCACCAACAGUGGACUUCAGAUUCAGUUCCAAACUGUUCAUCUCACCACAGCAAAAUGUGCAUCCCUACAGGAAACAAGUUCUGCUCAGUGGUAGCUAAGUAGUGGUGAACAUUUUCCGGGUAUGAUUUUUGACAUUUAAGUUUCAAAUGCAACAAGAAUUUUCAAUAACUUUUUGGUAAAUUUCCACUUCCUCACCCCCCC